AUGGCGAAGUCCGAGUCUACUGCGUCUCUUCCGCUGGAGUCUCUCUUCUCGGAGCCAUCAAGCCGAGAGCGCAACAGCCGGAAGGAAGAGGAAGGAGGCUCGGCCAUCCAGGCUCGCCUCCGCGAAGCCUUGGCCAAACGCCUGGGGUCAGGCCAGAGCCAAAACACUCGUCAGGAUCGUUCUCGCCUCGCCCAGGACCCUUACGUCGACGAGGAAAAGGAUGAGUUUGACCUCAAACUCUCGGGAUCGGAUCUCCGACCUUCCUUCGGGUUCCGAGGAUCAACGCCUGUCACCAGGACACCCCGAGUGAGCACUCUCUACGCCGAGGAGGUCAAGCCCACCACUUACCGGCCGAGGUUCAAGCCGACCCCCACACGCCGCUUUGGCAGCAGCCGGCCAACGUCCCUGCGGUCCCCUCCAAAUGCUCCCUUCAGACAGACACGACCUGCCAACCGCUGGCGACUGAAUACGUCACCAAGACCCAAAGUAAACAUCAACAGGCGCCCCGUCAAUCAGCCAGAUAAUUAUGAUGAUCUUCAGGCUGUUGACGAAUCGCAAGCUAUUUCCCGACCAACUGUACCCGAGCCCAUUAUUCCUGGGGGAGAGGAAACCCUGAGGAUUGUGACCAGCACACCGGCUGAUGGAGCCACAGAUGUUUGGUUCGAAGUUGCUACCAUCAGGUCGCUUCACACGUUCCGCGUCGGCACAACAAAGAAUACACGUUAUGUCACGUUCACGAAGACCACGACCCACAGUAUCGACCCGACGCCUGCGCCCCUUGGGCCACAGGACGACUUCUACGAAACGCCGCUCUUUGAAAACAUCCUGGACGAUGGACCUCGUGACGUGUCGACCCUUCCUCCAGUCGACCUCGGCGAGAGUGACGUGACCGCCCUGCUCGAGACGGUGACGGAGACGUUCAGCACAACGGAGUUGAUGAAGAAGACGUCGGUGCUCCCCGUGCUGCACGCAGGCGAAACCUCAUUCUACACUCUGACGCAGACCUACCACAUCACUCGCGUGGUCACCGCCCUCAAGACGAUGCCGCCCUACGAGGCAUUUUCCUUCAUCCCAGAAAACUCGCUGAACGAGUUCAAUGGCCAGCUUUUGGCAGAGGGAACCGAGAACGACGAGUCCCUCUUGCCUGGCGAAAUCGAGUAUGACGAAAAUGGCGAAAUUAUUGACACGACAAGUGGCACUCGAGUGCCUCCACCGCCAGGAUUCCCCUUCCAGGAUCCCAACCUUGCAGAAUUAGCUGGAGGCCAAUUCAAUCCCGACGUUUUUGAGAAACAGCUGCACCCACAACUGACAGCAGCUCUUCAGCAUAGGCAACAGAUGCAGCAGAAGCAAGGCAGUGCAGCACGACCUCAGCUAAGCUCAGGUCAGCUGGCAGCCCCCGGAGACCCCGCUAUUGCAACUCCGAGCCUGACAGCCGAGCAACUGCAGCAGCUGGCGUACCUCCGUCUCAUCAACCCCUACGGCUUCGGCGGGUUCCCUCCCGUCCAACAGCAGCAGCAGACCACCGUUACCUCCUCCCCAGUCACCAUCACUACCGACAUCACCACCACGUCCACCCGCGUCCUCCGCGUCAUCUUCAACGCCCGCCCUAUCUUCACUACCAUCAGCAGCGUCGAAGUCGUCCACACGACCAUCACCUCUUUCGAAACGGCAACCGUCACCGUCGCCCCAACCCUCCCCUCCUUCCCCUUCCCCUUCCCCGGGUCUCCCUUCCCGGUGGGCUAAGGAGCCUCGAGAGCGAGCGAGGCCUCAGAGGGCGACGGAGGCGCGGUCUCCGCCCAUGUUCCCGCCCGCUUCCUUGACGCCGAGUGCUGGCACUCUGCAUCUAACCUCUACUAACCCCUUGAUAGUCUGACAAUCAGUGUUCAGGCGUGGAAGGUUAUCAUCAGGUCUUCAUUCUGACUUCCGGCAAAGAGGAAACAAACGCGGGGGAAGGAAAAAAUGAACAGAAGCGAAAGGAAAGUGUGAUGGGUAAAGAAGACCUUUUUAGUACCAUGAAAUAUAUGAUAAGACGCUCAUUCUUCCCUUCUCCUUUAAUCAACUGACAAUGCGUCUAUUAUCCAUGAGGGUUUUGUAUUGUAGGAUAUUGACUACAUAUACUAGACUUACAAAUGCCAAAUAGCUGAAGCAUCACUUUAACGAAGAAAAUGGUACUAGAUCACGUAAAGAUCACACUUUAUCAGUUAAUCAUUAUUCGGUGUUACAGUUCGUGCAGUGAAUGGCAUCCGAUAAUGAUUAUUCUGAUACUGGGCAGGUGAUCAGUAU